UUCGACUCUUCUUUGAUUAUCGUGAUCUUGAUGCUGCCGGCGGAGAGAAACGAAUGGAUCCCUGAUACGGGCUUCCCUUCCCCUGUUUCCGCCCCCUGAUCUCCUCUCCCUCCCCCUUUAAAAAUCAAUUCCAAUCCCCCGUGGGAACAAGAUUCUUUUUUCCCCCACCCUCUUCUCCUAUUUAAAUCUCCCUCCCCCCCCCCCCUUCCAUUUGUCCAAAUCCUUUGGAUCUCUCACUAGGGUUUGAGGUCUCGUCGUCAUCGGCCGUAGGGUUCUUCGUCCGCCGGUGCUGGGGGAGUGUUUUCUUCGAUCGAGAUUCCGCUGAUCGUGCAGAAGAUUUACGUUACAAUGAUGGAUCUGAAGGAAAACAAUAAAUUUCUGAGCGCUGGGCUUCUACUUCUGGCGACCGUUGUCUUUGUGAAGCUUGUUUGUGCCGCUCUUGCGCCCAGGUCCAAGAAACGGCUGCCACCGACUGUGAAGGCGCUGCCAGUCAUCGGAGGGCUGCUCCGGUUCAUGAAAGGCCCCAUUGUGAUGAUCAGAGAGGAGUACAAGAAGCUCGGGUGUGUCUUCACAGUGAAUGUGCUGAACAGGCGCAUCACCUUCUUCAUUGGCCCUGAGGUCUCGGCGCAUUUCUUCAAGGCCCCAGAGGUGGAGCUCAGCCAGCAGGAGGUUUACCAGUUCAAUGUGCCUACUUUCGGGCCUGGGGUUGUCUUUGAUGUGGAUUAUUCAAUCAGGCAGGAGCAGUUCCGGUUUUUCACCGAGGCGCUGAGGGUGACCAAAUUGAGGAGCUAUGUGGAUCAGAUGGUUGUGGAAGCUGAGGAUUAUUUCUCAAAGUGGGGAGAAAGCGGCACAGUGGAUUUAAAGUAUGAGCUUGAGCAUCUCAUCAUUUUGACAGCAAGUCGAUGCCUCUUGGGGAGGGAGGUUAGGGACAAGCUCUUUGAUGACGUCUCCGCACUCUUCCACGAUCUCGACAAUGGCAUGCGCCCGAUCAGCGUCAUCUUCCCCUACCUUCCAAUUCCUGCCCACCGUCGUCGUGACCGUGCUCGUGCUAGGAUUGCUGAAAUCUUUUCCACCAUCAUAAACUCCCGCAAGGGAUCUGGCCGCUCGGAGGAUGACAUGCUGCAGUGCUUCAUUGACUCAAAAUACAAGGAUGGCCGCCCGACCACUGAGGGUGAAAUCACUGGACUACUCAUUGCUGCCCUCUUUGCUGGUCAGCACACCAGUUCCAUCACCUCUACCUGGACUGGAGCUUACCUCCUCCGCCAUAAGCAAUAUCUCUCAGCAGCUUUGGAAGAGCAGAAGGAUAUUUUGAGGCGGCACGGGAAUAAGAUCGACCAUGAUAUCCUAUCGGAGAUGGAUGCGCUCCACCGCUGCAUCAAGGAAGCAUUGAGGCUUCAUCCUCCACUGAUAAUGCUGCUCCGCUACUCACACAGCGACUUCACUGUGAAGACAAAGGAGGGGAAAGAGUACGAUAUUCCGAAGGGCCACAUCGUGGCUACUUCCCCGGCGUUUGCCAACCGGCUACCUCAUAUCUACAAGGACCCAGACAGGUAUGAUCCUGAUAGAUUUGCUCCUGGAAGGGAGGAAGACAAGGCUGCAGGCCCAUUCUCGUAUGUUUCUUUUGGGGGCGGCAGGCAUGGGUGCCUUGGGGAGCCCUUUGCCUACUUGCAGAUAAAGGCAAUAUGGAGCCAUUUGUUGAGGAACUUUGAGUUUGAGCUGAUUUCUCCUUUCCCUGAGAAUGACUGGAACGCCAUGGUGGUAGGGGUCAAGGGGGACGUGAUGGUGCGUUACAAGCGGAGGAAGCUGUCUGUCGACACCUGACCGUUGCCGAUCUGACCGGAUGUUCGAUCAUCAGUAAUAAUGAUGGCUUGCUUCUUCUCUUCAACAACUUGGGACUUUGUGCUUCAUAAUUUAGUUUUGCUGGGGGCUAGCCCCUUGCUUUCAGAACAUGCUUGUCUGUAGCUCUUUCUAUUUCAUGUAGUGAAUGCUUUGAUACUGUGAUCUAUGUGCUAUGGCUGGCUCAUGGAGCUAUUAGCGCCCAAGACUUUCUGAUGCUUUGUAGUGGUCUCCUUGCUGCUUUCCUUUUGGGACAUAUUUUGGGUACUCAUUAGGCCAACAUUUCUAGU